CUUUUUUGAAACCGUUGAGAAAGUCGCCUGUUCCAACGCCGCCAGCAGCGAGCAGCAUUAGCCAUGGACAUUCCCGUGAAGCGCACGUUCUUCCCGGCGAUUCGGCUCUCGCCUCGGGAAACUAGUGGGUAUUAUGCCAAAGCCACGCGUGCCUUGGAGCAAGUGCGCGAGGCGGCCACGACGUUCUCAUGGAAGCGCGUCGAGAACAAAGAUGGCCUUGUUGUCGGCAAGGUGCACAUCGUCGAGCAACAUGGAACAUCGUCCGCCUCCCGUCAACGGAAGAACACAGCGUGCCUGGUGAUGCGCGGCACAACCACCGUGCGUGCCACGGUGGCCGAGGUGGUACAGCUCGUUGGGGCCGCCGACACUGCCGACGCCCGCAAGGCCAUGCGUCGGCUGCACGGCAAGAACUUUGUGGACACAAUGACGUUGGCGCGCGUCCACUGCGGCGACGACGACGACGGCCGUCUGCAGUCGUGUCAUGUCAAGUGGGCGGCGUUCAAGGAGUCCGACACGAGCGUCGACUAUUGCUUCGUCGAGUUCGCAGGGGUGCAAGUGGACGCGCGGGGAAGUCCGCUGGGCUUUUGCAUCUUGUCGUCAAUCGAGCGGCCGAAGGAAGUGAUGUCCAUGGCGGCGCUCGGAUUCCGCCGCGACGAGUUCCAUCGCACAGGCUUCCUCGUGUAUCCGUCCCUGGACAACCCCGAGGCCGUCCACGUCACCGCCAUUGCCCAAAGCACCUCCACCGACAAGACAACGUCCGUUGACAAGCUCGAAGCGACACUCCACCACCGGCUCAGCCGCGUCCUGCUCGCGCUUCCCGACUUUGUGACCAUGCGCCGCCUCGGGUGUCUGCCCGCCGUCGACCGAUCGCAGUGGAUCCAGGACGCGUGCCGAAAGUUCUGCGCCGUGUGCCUCAAGUCGUUUCACUUUUUGCGCAAACAUCAUUGUCGCAUGUGUGGCGAAGUCGUCUGUGGCACGUGCGCCGUGCCCCGCGAGGUGGACCUGCCGUCGCUGGGGUCGAGUGCUCUGGUUCGGGUGUGUUCAGUGUGUGUCGGCCGCGCGCACGCCGUCGCCGGGCAGCAGGUGCAGGUGUUCUCGAGGCAGCGACGUCCGUCGUCCGGGGUGCCGCCACGUCAUCGAACGACGUUAGUGUCACAAGUUGAAGGGGGGGCUACAAACAACCAGUUGGCGCUGGAUCCGUUUGAUGUUGUCGACCGACAAGUGCUGGCCCAGCACUACAAUCGACUGCAUCGGCGUCAGGACGACGACCAUGAUCUGGACAUCCGCACGACGCUGGGCACCGCGGACGGCCACGACGACAUGCAUCAGGACCUGGCGACGACGGCGCAACCACAGCGCGCCACGUCACGCGCUUCCCCCAACGUACCCACGACAUCCCACCGAUUAGUUUACGACUCGUCCGGCACUAGUGGACACGAGCACUUGCAAGAAUCUGAGCCUCAUCAGGAAUACCAAGGGAUGGCAUGUACAGUGGCUUCUGUGGGGGCCACGCAGUUGAGAAACGUGCAAGAAUUGAGUUUGAGGUUGACGCGAAUUCGAGACAUGCUCAACCAGAACAGCAUGCCUCCGCCAUCUUCAGUCUCAACGAGCUGGGUCAUGUUGAGCCCAUCGUCCGUCCCACACAAGUCCGUCCAUACACAACGUCGCCACGCAUUGGAACGGGAUUUCGAAGUGCUCGACGACGACGAUGUACGCCAGGAUGUGUUGCACAGCAACGACGUGGCUCCAGAACUGGCCGACAACAACUACUCGAGCAACGACGACGACGGCGGGUUGGAUGACUCGAGUGGAUCGCUGCACGAGGAAGGAGGCGAGGGUAGUGGUCACUCGAACGGCCACGAAGAUUUGGAACGGUCCACGUCUGAUUUGGACUCGAACGACGAAGACAUUCACGACGACUUUCGCGACGACGAGGACGAAGACGAUCUGCUGGUCUAUAACCAAGCCGCUACAAGUGCUAGUUUUGGCCACAAAGCAGAAACGAAUGGUGGGGAGCCACCGCCGUCGUCCACUGCGGCCAAGAACAAAGCCAAUCUGGAUGGUUUCGAUGCGCACAACCGCCACGUCAUCCCGUCGGACGUGGACGACUUGCGGUUUCAAAUCUCCCAUUUGCACCACCUCCUGGCCCUGGCCAACCAAAAGCUGGACGCCGUCGAAGCAUCCGUGGCCCAGUCGCCCCAGACACACAACCCAACGCACAACGUCCACAGGACAGUUGGCGUGGUGGAGCUGCAGACUGGCAACUCUGCCACGGAUCCUUGUGUGGUCCAAAGAAGGCACGCCCACAGGGCAGUGGUGUUGGAAUUGCAUGCCAUCAUGGGUUUGGAUGAAUGAGAGUGGGCGGUGUUGCCGUAGUUGUACGUACAGUAGCUGGAAACAAGUAAAAACAGCUUAAACAAUGUAUCUAUGUACUUAUACAGU